GCUCAUUGUAUACUUUCCUGUCGGAUUUCAAAUAUCUAGCGGGUAAACCAUAAUAAAAAUUGAUAUAAACAAUGGAUGAAAAUUUGAUGGAGUUUUCCCUGAAUGAGAACAGUGAGAAUUCUUGUCUGGAGGACCUGAGGCCCCCCAUGUUGAUGCAGACUCCACAAGUCGUCAAGAAAUCUAUCCUAAAGCCUUCACAACAAGAUAACCUUAUUCAACUUUGUACACCUAUACACAAAGGACUAAAGGUAAAAUUUGAAACACCACACAAUGUUAAAAAGUCAACACCCACACGAUUUGAGGAGGUUCGAAUGCUGGACGAGCAGGAAAACUGGAUCGAGCGUACUUCAAUUGUCACCAAGGAUCAGCACCAAGAGUAUCUCGAGAUGGCACGAGAUAUUAUGAUGGAAGUCAUCAAUAACCUACCACUUGAAGAAAGUGAAGUUGUUCAACCCAAUUGCAAGUCAUCAAAAGAUCGUUUGGAAGAGGACAUGGAUACUGAUGAUUUUUUUGAUGCUGUUGAUGAAAUCGAAAAAAUUACCCCAAAAAAGGACAACAUAGAGGACAUGGCUCAGCCAGAUGAGGAGUCAAAGAUGGGAGGUGGUCCUCAACCAGUGGAGGAACAGACAGAAAAAUUAGGAGAUGUAUCAGAAAAAGCAGAGGAGACGGAGACAGAGAACAGUUCCAAGGAGCCCUCAUCUCCUCCACUCCCAGCCAGUAAGGGGAGUUACAACAUUGACUUUGAUAACCUAGAGGAUGUCAAUCCUUUUGCCACCAAAAUGACAGUGCAGAAUUCACCUUUGCCACUUGCAAGUAGAAAAGUGCAGGAUUUGACAAAUGCUAAUGGAAAAGAAGCUGCUGUCAGUGAAAUGGGGAUGAAAAAUGUUAGGGAAGACGACAACCCAGAGGAAGCUUUUCAGUCAAAAGAGGAGGAUAAGAGGAAAGGUAGUCCUGAAUCAAUGGAGGAAAAGAAAGGAAAAUCAGAGGAAGUGCAGGAAAAGGAGAAACCUGUAACCCAGGAAUCCUCAUCUCCAACACUGCCGAUCAGUAAGGGCAGCUAUAAUAUUGACUUUGACAAACUGGACGACAUCAAUCCAUUUGCCACCAAGGUGGCAGUUCAGAAUUCUCCAGUGACAUCUGCUAGUGGCAUAGUGCAGAAUUCUCCCAAAGCUGAUGAAAAGGAAGUGGAAGAGAAUGAUGAAAGAAAGGAAGGCAAUACUUCCCUCUCUGAGUUUCAGAGUGUGAAGGACAAUCCAUUCAUUAGACUGAUUGAAUCUCCAGCAAUUAAAGAAAAGAAAAAAGAAUUAGUGUUGGAGUCCAUCGUUGCUGAGCAGUCGGAAGAUAUCUUCAGUCAAAGUUUUGAAGACAUAGAUCCUUUUCAACCUAAAAAGCAGCUGAUGAACAGUCCUGAGGUGUCCAGAAAGACAACAAAUUCGGAUGAUCAUCCUGAUACAUGUGUACCUUCAAAUUCUCCGAAGAAUCAUGUUGAGUCCAGAAAUGUCGAAAUUUCUCUGGAAGAAAAUGACAAGCAUCAUCUGUUGGAUUCUGGUAAUAUCAAACAACCUCUCUCACAAAGUGCAGGGUUAAAUGUUGUCCUAACAAGUGAAGUAAAAGGAAGGCAAUCUCCUGUGUCUCAAAUCAAAGAAAAGAAAGAUUUAGGUUCCAGUGAAAUUGAUGGCAGCAUUGAUCCGUUUGCUACAAAGGCCAAUGUUAUGAAUUCUCCCAAGAGAGAGGGAGAUGAAAACAUAGAUCCAAUGAUGAAGCAGUCCAAUAUUUCAAACUCACCAGAAAAGCCAGCAUUCAGUGAUGAUGAUUUUAAUCCAUUUGCUACUAAGUCUAAAGUCGUCAAUUCUCCAGCACCAACCACAUGUGAAAAUGAGAUGGAUCCAUUUAAAUCCAAGUCAAAAAUUGUGAACAGUCCAGAAAAGAAGAGUUUACCUUUGCAGGAGCCUGAUCCUUUUGCAACAGUAUCUAAAGUUGCAAAUUCUCCUUUGAAGGAAGCUUUCACUGAAAAUGUGGUUCCCUUUGCAACAAAGUGUAGAGUUAUAAACUCUCCUUCACAGAACUCUGAAGAAAGUGAAAAAGAUCCUUGUGUGACCAAAUCAGAAGUUGACAAUUUUCCUGCAAAAUUACCUGAUGAAGACAUUGACCCAUUUGCAACAAAAGCAAAAGUUGCUAAUUCCCCAGCACAAAAGAAUAUAGAUGAUGAAUUUGACCCUUUUGCAACCAAGUCAAAUGUUGCAAACUCCCCUACUUCACAAAAUGAUCCAUUUGCAACUAAGUCCAAGGUUGCAUUUUCACCAAAUGGAAAAUCAGAAGAAGACAUUAAUCCCUUUGUAAGUAAAUCAAAGGUUGCUAAUUCUCCUGCAGUAAAGACAGAAGAAGGAAAUCCUUUUGCAACAAAGCCUAAAGUUGCAAACUCCCCAGUAAAAGCAACAAAUCUAGAAAAUUUGGAUCCAUUUGCAUCAAAUUCAAAAAUUGCCAAUUCACCCCAAGAGUGCAAAAAACCAGAUGAUGGCUCUUCCAAACAAAGUAAAGAGCCCUCUGAUAUGAAGAGUGGGGUCGAGAAAUUACCCAUCAAAGACAGUGUGGAAACAGCCUCAGAAAACAUGGAAAAACAGGGAAAGAAUAAUUUUGAGAAGCUUUUGAUGGACAGUGAGACGUGUGUUAGUCCAUUUUCAGGACUGAAUGCUAACAAAAUGCAGGAUGCUUCUUUCAAACUUCAGAACGAUCCAUUCAAGACACCCACUGGUUCUGCUAAAAAGACCCCCAAGAAGAGUUGUCCCUUCACCAAUAUGAGUGAGUUUGGAUUAAGUGAUGAUGACUUUAAGCCAGCCAGUUCUACAUUGUUUAGUGAUCCUGCUGACUUUGACAUCUUGGAACAGUUUGGCAGCAAUAAAGGGAUUGCUGAAUCGGCCCUGUCACGGAUGUCACUGUAUGUCAAAUUUGAUCCUUUGGUGGACCUCCCUGUAGCAGAUCCCCGUCGAGCCAGUAUAGACGUUAGGAGAAUGAGUAUGAAGCGAGGAGGUACUUUUGACCCGAGACUCCGACAACUAGAACCAGAUGAGAGCAUGCUUUUGAUGGGGACACCACCACGUGGUCCGGGUCAGAGCCGGGUGGUGCCUGUGGUGAAGAACCAGACCCCAGUCAACACAAAAGCAGUCACCUCUAACGACUUACUCUGUUCAGAUAUACCCGAGGGCAGGACGGAAGUGACAGAUGUGAUCAAGGAUACCUUGUCUCUAAAUCAGACAGAGGGGGAUGGAAUCAUUGAGGUUUUGCAGUAUACAGAGGCAGACAUAUCUCGGAUCAAGCAAACGUUGGCCCUGGAAUUCCAGGGUAUAUUAUUGGACAAUCAAAAAGAAUGGAGUCAGAAGUUAGCAGAGGAGGAGAAAAAACACGGAAAGAAACUGGAAGAGGUGAAGGCACAAAUGAGUCAAGAAAUCGACAAGAACCGGGCGCAGUGUCAGAAGGCAGAGGACAAGGUCAAGCAAAUGGCUUCUGUAGUCCAGGAAUUUGAGGCCAUGAUCAAUGAGUUUGUAGAGGAAAGAGAAAAAUUAAAAACUGAAUUAAAACAUGUCAAACAAGAGCUGCAGAAGGCCAAUGAACAGACUACACAGGAGUCUAAGGCUGUAGACACAUUAGAAGCCUCAUUCUCCGCUCUCCACAAAAGAUACGGCAAAACCAAAGAAAUAUUGGAAAAUUCUCUAAAGAAUGAAGAAACGCUGAAAGCGUGUGUGGAGGAUUAUAUGGGGAGAUUAAAAAAGGCUGACGAACAAAUCCUUAAAGUGAAACAAAUGGCCGAGGAGAAAUUAAAGGCGGCACAUGAAGAACUUGAAAAGGUCAAGUCCAAUUCAAGGUCAGAAACUGCUCGACUGGAGGCUUUGGUGAAACGCAAAGAGAUGCAGCUUGAAAGUAAAGAGAAAGCCCUGGAACAAAAGGGAAAGGAAUUUAAUGACUUGUCAGAUAUAUGUGAUCAACUGAUGCAGAAGCUGGAAUCCAGACAGUGAAUAUCAUUGUUCACGAAUUUUAAGACUGGAAGACAUGUUUAUAGAAAACCACCUUUUAUUUUCAAUCAUGGAAAAUUGUGCUUGUGAGAGAAGUAGUGCUUAGCUGUAUGUGGAUAUAAUUGUUAAUGUUUAGUAUGUUUUUCUGAGAUUUUAAGUGAAUUGGGAGUUCACAGUUCAUUGAUACUGUGUAUUCAUGAUUGUGAACGUGGGAAACUGAUGUUCAUGAAAAAUAUAUACAGGGACAUUGUUUAUUGCAUGUCCUUUGUAUAAAAUAAUAUAAUAUCAAAUCUACAUUGUAUGAUUCUAGAGUUUUCUGUGUCUAAGAGCUUCUGUGUUUAUAAGACUGCUAUAUUAGGUCAUUUACUUCUGUCAUAUGAAUCAUGAAUUUUUGUCUUCUUUCUAUCUUCCCUCUGUGAGUUGAGCGAGUUGUGUUGUACAUUAUUUGUUAUGCAGCGAACAUCUGAGUUCUGUAGUAUGUAAUCCAUGUUAUGUAGUGUAAAUGAUAAUAGCUACAUAAAUAUACUUGUAUCCCA